UGGGGGGCCAGGGCUCUGAGGGGUCCCGGGCCCCGUGGCCAACAAGGCGUGACCGGGGUCGCGGGUUCACCGUACACGUUCGGACUCACACUUGGGGGAAUGUGAAUCUUUGGCCGCUCCAGGCUGGGCGGUCGGUGUCCCAGGCCAGGGAGCCGAGGGUCCGCCCUUUGAUCCCUUGCGGGUGGCACUCCUGGGGCCGAGUCGGGUCUGGGUGUCCCUCGGGCGGCCCCGAGGCCCCUUACUUUGGACCAGGGGGAGGGGAAAGAGUAGCUGAGGUGUGGCCACUCCCCGGGCUGGGGCUCCAAGAUAAUAUCACCGUGCCCGCGUGUGGUGUUUUCACGUGGCAUGUCCCUCCCCGCGCUGCCCCCCUGCCUCCCUUCCCCCGGCGUGCAGCCCGGGACGCUCGGGGUGGGGACGCAGACGGGCCGGGGUGAAUGAGGCGAGCUCUCCGGCCCGUGCGGGGCUCAAGAGGCCCACGGGAGAAGACAAGGGGGAGAUCAGUACGCACCUCAGAGCCUGACGAUGGAGACGGGAAGGCAGCGGCUCCCGGGAACCCGUCAGAGCCAUGGCAGCACCCCCAGAAGUAGAACCCCGAUCCCCAUCUCAUUUGGACUCGGACCGGACCGGGUCGUGGGGGACCAGGGGUCCGGGCUGGGUCAGGAAAACCCGGGCCGCGCGGGGCCGUACCCCGGGAUCCGGCCCGGGGGGGAGGCCUCGUCGCGGACAGGGUCUGGCCGACACCAGCCUCACAGCGCAGCACCCCCGGGGCCGGGGGAAGAGGCCGCCCGGGGCAUCGCCGGGGAGAAGUUCGAUAUCGUCAAGAAAUGGGGCAUCAACACCUACAAGUGCACAAAGCAGCUUCUGUCAGAGCGGUUUGGCCGGGGCUCCCGCACGGUGGACCUGGAGCUGGAGCUGCAGAUCGAGCUGCUGCGGGACACAAAACGCAAAUACGAGAGCGUCCUGCACCUGGGCCGUGCCCUCACCUCGCACCUCUACAACCUGCUGCAGACACAGCACGCGCUCGGCGAUGCCUUCGCCGACCUCAGCCAGAAGUCCCCCGAGCUUCAGGAGGAGUUCGGCUACAAUGCGGAGACGCAGAAGCUGCUGUGUAAGAACGGCGAGACCCUGCUGGGAGCCGUCAACUUCUUCGUCGCCAGCAUCAACACGCUGGUGAACAAGACCAUGGAGGAUACACUCAUGACCGUCAAGCAGUACGAAACCGCCAGACUGGAGUACGACGCCUACCGCACAGACCUGGAGGAGCUGAGCUUAGGGCCGCGGGACGCGGGCACGCUGGGCCGGCUGGAGGCGGCGCAGGCCGCCUUCCAGACUCACCGCGACAAGUACGAGAAGCUGCGCGGAGACGUGGCCAUCAAGCUGAAGUUCCUGGAGGAGAACAAGAUCAAGGUGAUGCACAAGCAGCUCUUGCUGUUUCACAACGCCGUCUCGUCCUAUUUCGCGGGGAACCAGCAGCAGCUGGAGCAGACACUGCAGCAGUUCAACAUCAAGCUGCGGCCUCCGGGCUCCGAGAAGCCAUCCUGGCUGGAGGAGCAGUGAGGCCCCCGUCCGGCCCGGCCCGGCCCGGCCCCUCCCCGUGGGCUCCCCGAUCUGCCAAUCUGAAGCCCGGGCCCCAGCCCUUCUACCGGCCCAGAGCCUCCGUGAGGGGCUGGAGGAGGAAGGGACCAGGGUCCCGGGCUGCCCCCCUUGUCCUCCCCCGAUCCGGCAGCCCCAGAGUGGAGGGCAGCAGGUGCCCCCGGCACGACGGUACUGAAGCCAGGGAGCAGGGGCGGGGGGCCGGGACACAUUCCACGCCCCUGACCCAAGUCCUCUCCCUCUGGCGUCCCUACUCUUUCACUUAGCUCCCCCCUCCUGAUGCCCCCACAAAGUGAGAUGGGGCACCCUUCCUUGCCUCCGCGCCCCACCCCCUGCCUCCCAAGGCCCCUGGCUUCUGUUCGGAAUGGGAUAGAGUUGGGGAAGGGGCCCUGCGGGAGCCGGUCCCCUUCCCUGACCUUCACGGAACCGGGGGUGAAGAGGAGGCCCAGGCUGGGGUCACUCCCCUCCCCUCCGUCACUCCAGGGGCGGGGCUCCUUCCCCCACCUCAUCAAACGGCAUCGCUCCUUGGACGCGCCUCUCCUCCGCCCAUGGCAUCGCACCUCGGGGAUUUACCUCCUCAGCCAAUGGCACGAUUCCGGGGGAUCCCUCUCCUUGGCCGGUGGCACCGCUCCUCAGGCUCGUCUCCGCUGCCCACGGCGAUGCUCUGCCGUCGGGGACGGCCCCGCGGCCAGUGGCGUUACUCCUUGGGCCCCCCCCCUCAGCCAACGGCAUCACUCCUAGGGCCCCCCCACAGCCCUCCCAAGUCGUGGGGGAAGACAGGACCCCAUGGGAGGAGGGGGUGGGGGGGACCGAGACCCCCCACCCCGGUGACCUAUGGGUGUGUGUGUGUGUGUGUGUGUAUGUAUGUAAUGUCUGUCCCAUUCUGUGUGGCUGUCUCUGUGCCCAGUUCCCCCUUCCCCCCGACAGCUGGCCCAGCAACACUACAGAGGAAGCAGCUGGGUGUUUCCUCCCUAAUUUAAUCCUGGGACUGUCCCCAAGAACUGUUGUGUUCUCCCCCACAGAGCCCCCCCACCCGCCCAGCUC